AUGCUCAUCAAUAAACAGAUCACCGACGGGGAUGCACCCCCUCGGCGCGUCUGGGAUCUCGUCGCUAAUCGGGUCGUGCCAUGGUGGGCUUCCCGCAAAUACCCGUGGGGGAUAUCGCACGCCUGGGUGGACGAGAACGAUCUUAAGAGGGAGAUGACACCAAUAAAUGGAUAUGAAUGGCCGGUGCCAAUGCCGAAGGAUGCCGAUCUGAAUCUGAUCAGGAUCGAGAUGUUGAGGCUCGGCGCGGAGUAUAUCUGGUUGGAUGUUCUAUGCUUGAGGCAGAAGGGUCAGGGCGAGAACCCACGUGGUAAGCGUAGCCAGGAGGAGUGGGACCGUAGGGAGGCUCUGCGUCGGGAGGAGUGGAAAGUCGAUUUGCCAACGAUCGGAUGGAUAUAUCACAAAGCCGAGAAGGUGGUGUGUUACUUCAGCGGGCUGGGCCUGCCGCUGAGUUUCAAAGAGGGCGACUUUGAGAGCGAUCGUUGUUGGUUUAAUCGAGCGUGGACGCUUCAGGAGAUCAGGGAGGACAUGCUUAUUGCUGGGAAAACCGACGACGAUGACACACUCAUGAAAAAGAGCAAGCAAAAGUUCAUGACAGUGGACAUGCGAAAGCUGAUCGAUGAAAAACUGUCGUAUUUAAAGGAGAUAUGCAGGGAAGACUCGAUGCUUGGUGUCUUGUCACAGAUGCAGACGCGGAAAUCAACCAAAUCUGUCGAUAAAGUCGCCGGGCUGGUAUUCCUCUUCUACUCCCAGUACAUUCCAAUCUACGAUGCAGACCAGUCUGAAGAGGAUGCCUGGACUGAACUGGUGAAUAUCACGCAGGAUUGGUUUCGCGGAGAGUUCUUCUUCUUCUACCCUGGACCGGGGAACGGAAAGAAGUUGUGGCAUCCAUCAUGGAAGCAAGUAAUGACGGACAACCUUUCUGGGCUGACAAUGCUGCCAUGGGACCGCCAGAGUGUAAUAGUCUACCGGACCGAAGAAGGUGCAGACCGCUAUAAUGGUCCCCGUAUCGACUCAUGCAGAGUGUGGGGAUUGUCCGACGAACCGACUGCAGCAAUGUCCCGACAUGGAAAGUUAGACGUCACUGAUGGGUCCGGGAAAAAGCACACCGUAAAAAUUGUCGCCAACCACGCAUUCCCAAUACCCGAUGACCUGUAUACUCUCAUAGGCAUCCGCAGCUCUCCCUAUUUCAGUGCAGGGGUGAUUGGGAAAAUAGAGGGGGCUGAAAAGAAGUUUAGGAAAGUGUCGGUGAUCAAUAUGGGCGAUCGAGAAGCAGCGAGGAUUAAUGUCAUGGGAAGCCGAGCUGAGACAUAUCUUCUUUGA